GAUUUCCUACAAAUCUUCCUUUACAUUUCCUGCAUCUAAAACAAAAAUAAUAAUAAUAAUAAUUGAUAGAGAGAAAGCUUCCGUACGAACUGCCGCCGAUCGACACUCCCCUGCCCCUUGCUGCCGCCCAUCGCAACCUCCCCGACCCUUGCUGCCGCCGCCCCUUGCUGCCCAGAUCAGAAAAGCCUCAGAGAGAAACUAGAUUCCGAACAACGGAGCGCAAGUGUUCCUUUUACUGAUUAUUUUCAAGUUUAAGUGUUGCUUGAACACACAAGAGUCGUUAAAUGGCAAUGGAUACUAACAUCAGCGAAAGUACCGCUCCUCAGUCUAAGUGGAGAAAAGUCGCAUACGGAGGGAUGCAACCCGGGUUUGAUGACAAUCACACGGAUGAUUCUUUUCUUGAAGAUAUGGUUAUGAAUGCUAACGUUGUGAAACGUGACCUCUUAAAGGUAAUGCAAGACUCGGUUUCCAUUUCUCAGUAUUUGUGCAUUGUUGCACUUGUCGGCUUAGUUUGGACUUACACAUUGCAGUUUGUCCUUGAUGAAACUUCCCUUUUACUUCUCGAUGGCUUCCUUCUCGGAUCGGGUUUUCUUGUUUUGCUAUUAACAAAGGAAAUACUUUCUCUCAAUCUUCUAUUCCACUAUAUUAUCAAUGUCUCUUUUUUCACAACCGGCUUAUAUGUGUUGGCUCCUAUUUAUCACACUCUCACGCGCUCCAUAAGCUCGGAUUCUAUUUGGGCGGUCGCUGUUUCGCUUAUAAUUCUUCACCUUUUCCUGCAUGACUAUUCGGGAUCAACUAUAGCAGCACCUGGGGCUUUAAAGAAUCCAAAUCUGACCAGCUGUGUUUCUUUAAAUGCGUCUGUCGUUGCCUCUGUUUUUGUUGCGUCGCUGCUUCCGUCAAGGCUACAUGUUUUCGCUAUAAUGUUGUUUUCCUUGCAAGUCUUUCUAUUUGCUCCUUUUGUCACUUACUGCAUUAAGAAAUACUCUUCUUGCCUGUAUCUUAUGUUUUCGUUCGGAUUGAUGUCGGUUACGUUGGCCUUAGUGUAUACAUUGCACAGGUUACUUUUUGUGUUGUUUUUGUGUUUGCUGGUGUUUGUAAGCAUUGUGUGUCCUUAUUGGCUCAUUAAAAUUCAGGAGUACAAGUUCGAGAUAAAUGGUCCUUGGGAUGAGGCUAAGCUGUGUUUCGACAUAACCGAUUGAGGUUCUUUUGUAAGCUGGAUCAAAUCUAAUGAAGUACUAGAAUUUUUGUUUA